AUGCUAGCAGCGGCUAUUCAACCCGGGAGCGUGGCCAUCCCAACCAAGCCUUCGGUUCCCAUUGCGUACUCCUUCGUUGAAGGUGCUCAACAGCUCCAAGGAUCCAAGACCCUAGUGAUAUUCUGUAGCGGUCUUUGUGAUCCGAUGAGGGUCUGGUUUCAAACACUCGCAGCUAUAGCCAAAAAGCGGGAGCAGAAGCCAUGUCCUCCGAUGCUCCUUUACGAUCGCUUUGGUUCUGGCGCAACUGGUCACGAUCCAACAGACCAAGGGAAAGGCGCAAAAGAUACACACGAUGCAUUAGACGCUGUUAGCGAUUUGCGACAGCUGCUCAUCUGCAUUGCACAGCAGCACUUAGCCAUACCGCCAAGUGAUAUAGAUGCCUUACAACUCGUGUUUGUGGCUCAUUCAAUGGGUGCCGUCAUUUCGGAGCUCUACGCCAAGGCAUACCCAAAAACCGUGGCUGCAUUGCUAGUGCUCGACGGAGCACCUACAGAUUCUGAUGGGCAGAGCUGGUAUCCAGACCCUGAUGCGUCAAACUUUUCUCCGGCUACACUGCCUGAGGGGGUCACAGUCGAGCUCUUACGAACGGCAAGGAAGCAACAGCGAGAAAGUGUCUAUAAUCCAAACAACGUAAACGGUGAAAAAUUACGAUGGAGCAAUGUUUCAGACUACGUCCCAAACGUCGGUGCUCCAAAACUACAGGGUCCAAUAGAUGGUACCCCUUUGCUCACAGUUAUGGCACAUGACCCGGUCCCAUUUGCAAAGCAGGUAAAGCAGGUCAGUCCACCUAUCGCAAAUCACAACACCCUAGCCCUAUGA